CUCAUCUCUUCUUAGCGUGUCGCUAAACCACCGAUUCAACUCCCGUCUGAGAUGGUCGGUGCCGAUCGUCGGAAUCCGAAGCGCCCUAGGCCAGCGACGAGGUCGACCGCUGCUCCAGGGUGGGGGCGUCCUAAAGCCCAGUGAUCUUGGUACAAAUGUCAGGGUAGGUGGUGCUAUGGGGGCACGGGCAUUCCUUCGGAGGCUAGAGGCUGAACCGGAUUAUGAGUUGACUCCAAAGGAGGAUGCCCGUUUUCCUAGCAUGACAACUCGGUGUUCUGCUAGGGUCCUUGUCGAGGCGUGUCAGAAGUUUGGGAGACGGCAACAUCGGGCAGUCUGUGAGUUGGGAUUUGGUAAGUUGUUGGACUUGGAGGUUAUGGAGACGCCAGGGCGGUUGGGGCGGUGGUUGUUGCAGAAUUUUGAUCCAAAAACCAUGACCUUACGCUUGGGCAAUGGUGUUUCAGUUGAAAUCCAUGAAGAAGAUGUGGAGGCUAUACUUGGGCUACCUAGGGGUGAGGUGGCCAUCACGAAGCGAGGGAAUAAUGCGGUCAGUGACUUCGUGGUUUCUUGGAGGAGUCAGUUUUCUACAUUGUCGCAUUCUAUUACACCUACGGCGAUUUCUACUGAGAUGGGGUUAUUAGGUGCGGGGUGUGAGUGGUUCCAGUGGAAUUUUACAACCUUGAUGGUUAGCACAUUGAUACGGUGUAUGCACAAUGGGUAUGCCUACCAGAUGAUUUUGGACUCUUGUGAGGAAGUUGAGAGUAUAAAGAAUCUGAAUUGGUGUAAGUUUCUGUUGGAUAGUUUGGUUGAGACACGUGUACAGUGGGUGGCAGAUCCAAAGCAGCGUUUCAUUGGGCCUAUUUUAUUUUUGACGGUGAUAAUAGCUUUGUUUCUAUUAAUUUAUUGUUUUUUUUAGUUAGCGUGUUUGUUUUUAUGUGUGGUCCUUUUUGUUGUGCAUAUGUUUUAUGUGGAACGGGUUGAGUGGAUGCGCAGGUGUGUGCCUAGAGCUGCUCCCGCGUUUAUUGGUUGGACGAGCAAGAUGCUCCGUGAACGGGAGUUUGCUGAGAUCCGUGGUGGGGGGUUUGGGUUUGGGGCUUUGACUCCACGGUUUUGCGAGGUUCCACUACCUGGCCAGCCAAGCGAUGAUCUUCAGAGGGAGGGUGACGGUGUUGAAGGGGGCCCGUCUGUUGGUCCUGUGGAUGAUGAUCAGGGAAAGCCUUUGAUUGACCGGGUUGUUGAGAAGGCAAGGGCUGUGGCACGCUCUGUUUUGGAGUUGAUUCAGGUGAUUCAUGAGGCUAGUGGGGCUAAGUCUAGUACACAGACGGAUAGCCUCAUCCAAGUCCUGAGCGCUUCGCAUUUGAUGCUAGGGAGGGGCUUACAGACGUCUGGUCAAGGUGGGGAUUCUCAGGGGUCUACACAGUCGUUGUUCACGCCGUCUCAAGAUGCUUUUUGGGCUAACCCGGAGAAUGUGCGUGCACUCGGAGAGAUUGAGCGUGCCAUUCAGGAGCGUAAUGCGAUGUUGGACAUUCCGUCUUUUAGCCUCGGGUUGACUCAGGAUUGGCCUUCGCAGCGGUGGGAUGAGGUUGUGGAUGUGGGGCGCCAGUAUGAUGAUGUUGUCGGGGUUGUUGAUGUUGCCCGAGUUGAUCCACCGAAUAUCCGUGUGAGCGAUGUUGAUCCACCUGUUGUUCGGGAGAGAGAUGUAAGUAUUGUCUACAUGCGUAAAAAAAUUAGGAAGUCUGUAAUCUAGGCUAGCUCUCUUGGACUUUUGGGGGUUUUUUGGUUUUGUGUGAUGCUGUCAUUGUGGGUGUAGUACAUGUUUUGUGUAUGGAAGGCAGCUUGUUUUUUUGUUUAGGUGGUUGUGUUGUAUUAGUUGAUUUGUAAGUAUGACAGUGUUUUAGGUUGGUGUGUUAUUUUGUCCUGGAGGCUGUCAAAUUAUGUAAACUCUUGACGGAUAUGCUCUUCAAUUGUAUGGUUUUGGUUGGUUAA